GAAUCGUUGGCGAUUCAUAUUCAUAAUGUAAUAAUUCAGUGACAUCACAUGGCGUUGUAUGACUCUCAAAAAUAUAUCAUAUAUAAUCUGAGAUUUAUAUUUUUUGAAUAAUAUUGUGAAUUUUUUCUACUAACAAUGUCGUGUUUUAUUGUUCAUUAAUUGAAUGUCAGUAACUAAGUCUUCUUACAAAUAUAUAUAAAUAAAUAAAUAAAUAAAUGAAUAAUUAGUAAAUGAUCUCAUAUAUCAAAUAAGGUACCAAUACUUGAAAUUAUCAAAGCAUAUAUCAAUUAUAUAUAAAAUUACAUCGAUAAAAGAAAAUAUUUAUUCGAUAACAAACUGAUUUAUUGGAGUGCAAACGAAAACAAACGAAAGGAAAUAGUAAUUAAUACAAUGGAUAAAAAUCAAACGAUAACAUUUUGCCCGCCGAAUGUUACGUUCAGUGAAAUAUGGGUUACUCAUGGAAUGUCUAAAUGCUUUCUUGAUACUGUUACAAUCGCAGUUGUUUCAUUGUAUUUAUUAAUAUUUGGUACUUUACAAUUAUGGAUCUAUUGGAAAUAUGGAACUCCACGUAAUCAUUUAUUACCGCGUAGCAAAUUAUAUAAUUUACAAAAAUUAUUUUUAUAUCUUGUACCAUUGCUUAGUUUUACUAGGAUAAUAUUACAAGCUACGAUAUUGGAUGACAAAAAAGUCUAUGGUUACAUGAUAUUAACAACAUGUUUAACUAUGAUUGUAUAUCCAUAUUCUGUAUAUAUAUUAAGAGUUGAAAGGCAUAAAUUAUUACCAUCGGUUCCACCACGCGGCCAUGGUUUGGUACUUUUAGGUUUUUGGACGCUUGCAUUUAUUGGUGAAAAUUUAACUUUUUUCAAUAUCGGAAAAUCCGAAUGGUGGUUCCAUUUAAAUACACCAAGUGAUCAAAUAGAAAUGUCAUUAUUUGUACUGAGAUAUGUCAGCAAUUUGAUGAUUUUUGCAUUAGGGUUAAGAGCGCCUGGAAUAUCUGGUUACUCUGACUCUGAUUAUAAUACACUUAAUGACACCAGCGCUAAUUCCAGAUAUUAUCGGAAUCGUCCAGAUGAUAAUCAGUCGACAUGGAAAAACAUUUGGUACAAAAUAACAACACUCAGUCCAUUUCUAUGGCCGACGAGUUAUUUGUUGCAGUUACGAGUGAUAUUUUGUUUUUCAUUGUUAGCUGCUGGUCGCGCUAUUAAUCUUUACGUACCAAUUUAUAAUAAAAAAAUUGUUGAUAGUGUUACAGAUUUAUCUAUUAAUAAUUACAGAUGGGACUUAAUUGUUAUAUAUGUACUGUUCAAAUUUUUACAAGGCGGUGGUACGGGUGGUAUGGGUGUAUUAAAUAAUUUAAGGUCAUUUUUAUGGAUAAGAAUACAACAGUAUACGACACGCGAAGUUGAAGUUGAAUUAUUCAGACAUUUGCAUAGUCUAAGUCUUCGAUGGCAUCUUGGGCGCAAAACCGGCGAAGUAUUACGUAUAAUGGAUCGUGGAACAGAUUCAAUAAAUAAUUUAUUAAAUUACAUAUUAUUUUCAAUCGUACCAACAAUAAUCGACAUUAUCAUUGCUGUUAUUUUCUUUGUUACCGCUUUUAAUCAUUGGUUUGGACUUAUUGUUUUUGCUACGAUGCUUUUAUAUAUCAUUGCGACAAUUGGGAUCACGGAAUGGCGCACGAAAUUUCAGAGACGAAUGAACUUAGCAGACAAUGCACUCAAUGCACGAAGCGUCGAUAGUUUAUUGAAUUUUGAAACUGUCAAGUAUUACGGAGCUGAAAGUUAUGAAGUCAUGAGCUACAGAGAGGCCAUUUUUAAAUACCAAAUCGAAGAAUGGAAGUCGAUGAUAACUUUGAAUAUGUUGAAUACUAUUCAGAAUGUUAUUGUAUGCAGUGGAUUACUUGCUGGAUCUCUACUCUGUCUUCAUAUGAUUGUUUAUGAGAAAACAUUAACGGUUGGAGACUAUGUACUGUUUGCAAGUUACAUUAUUCAACUUUAUGUUCCACUUAAUUGGUUUGGAACAUAUUACAGAGCAAUACAAAAAAAUUUCGUAGACAUGGAAAAUAUGUUUGAAUUAUUACGUGAAGAACAAGAAGUUAUAGAUGCACCGGGCGCUGGUCCAUUGAUAGUAAAACGCGGACAAGUUGAAUUCAACAAUGUAUCAUUUGGUUAUGUCGGUGAAAAAACAAUACUAAAAAAUGUAUCAUUUACUGUGCCGGCCGGUAAAACUGUCGCGAUUGUUGGUCCAUCUGGUGCCGGUAAAUCGACAAUCAUGAGAUUAUUGUUCCGUUUUUACGAUGUCGAACAAGGAUCCAUAUUAAUCGAUGGCCAAAAUGUUAAGACCGUUAAACAAGAUUCGCUAAGAAAUGCCAUUGGUGUUGUUCCUCAAGACACUGUUCUUUUUAAUAAUACCAUAAAAUACAAUAUUCAGUAUGGACAAUUAGAUGCACCGGAGGCAGAUGUGAUUGCGGCAGCUAAAAAUGCUGAUAUUCAUGAAAAAAUUUUAACAUUUCCCGAAGCAUAUGAAACACAGGUCGGAGAAAGAGGACUGAGAUUAAGUGGCGGUGAAAAACAGCGUGUAGCAAUUGCGCGUACGAUGUUAAAAGCCCCAAAAAUAGUUUUAUUAGACGAGGCAACGAGUGCACUUGACACUCAAACCGAGAGAAAUAUUCAAGCGGCUUUACAUCGUGUCUGCGCUAACCGCACAACAAUUAUCAUAGCCCACAGAUUAUCGACAAUAAUAAAUGCCGAUGAAAUAAUUGUUUUAAAAGACGGGGAAAUAGUAGAGCGCGGCAAACACGAGGAAUUAAUUUCUUACGGCGGCGUUUAUCGGGAUAUGUGGCAAGCGCAGCUACAAAGUGAUAAUGAAAUACAGCAGCAGAAUAGCCAAGUAGAAGAUAGUGAAAGUAAUUUAGAUUUAUUACCUCCUGGACAUCCUCCAAUUAAUCAUUAAAUAUUUUAUUUAAUUCGUUUUUAAAUAAAUAAUUAUUAUUACGA